UCGGCAGUCGAUAAUGCGUGGUCGAUGGGCACCGUGCGGGCCCUGCACCAGACAGUCGUGGGCCUGAGAACGGCCCUCGAGAGCUGCAAGCAGCAGGGCGAGCUGCUCAGCUCGCAGAACCGCGAGUUGCGCGAGCGCCUCCGCAUGGACGACGACGACGACGAGCUCGACGACAUCGAGCUCAUCUUCACGACCGAGGGCGCCGGCAGCGUCCCACCCCAGGAGCCUCUCGAGUCCAUCACCGAGGACGGCGGCCCGCCGUCCGGCGCUCACACGCGAUACAGACCCCUUGUACACAGGGAUGCGUUGCGUGCGACCCGCGCCCCAGCUGCGCCCCGCAGCAGCGCGGGCGCGCAGACGGACGUGACAGCCGUGCAGUGGCGCAGCGAGGGCUUCCUCAACCGACGGCCGCUGCGGCCCAUCUUGGGGCCACGAGCGAACGGCAACAACACCAAGCCGCUGUCCAACCUGGGCUUCACGGCGAUGGUGCCAGAGCUGAGUCGCUCGGUGGACCACGACCUGGCCCGGCCGCCGCCGCGAACCGUCGAGCGCUGGCCUUGCGAAUGCUUGGCCGCCUCUGCCCAUCACUGGGACUCUCUCCGAAGUCCCUGGUGCGAUAAGGAACGAAGGCGUUUUUCUUGGCGAACAGCACAGAGCAGCGCUGAGACAAAUCGUGGCACCCUGACCAGAAACAGCGCAGUCUGGGGAUCCGUCCCAGCGUCACCUGACGUUCCUCCACCAGGGCCGUUUAUCGAGUGGGCAGGAGAUGAGCAGUGCUGCUGCUGCCGUCGCCGCGUCUUCUUGUCGUCGCCGUCUCUCGCGGCGCCGCCGGCCACGUGGCUCGUCCGAGGCUCACUGCCCGACUUGCGGGCGCCAGAACAGCUGAUGCUGGACCUGCGACCUCCACUCACGUCGCGACCAUUCCUGCCACGACAACUGCGCGACCUCAAGGAGGAUUGCCUGGCCAAGGUCAUCGGGCCUGAAAAUCGCGUCCUGGUCGGCAGAGUCCGAUUCGUGGGCAGCGCCAGCGCGGCCGGUUUUAAGGAGCCGGUCGUUGGACUCGAAGUGGCCGAGUACGGCGACUCGGACGGAACCGUCAAUGGACAUAGACUGUUCUCCUGUGAGCAGGGUCGCGGCCUAUUUGUUCCGUUUCGAAAAGUCAUCCUCGCCUGGCACUGUUGAGACGAUGAGAGUCCACAUUUAUCUCUCCGUGUAUAAAUGUUUCCUACUCCACCACAGUAUCAGCUUGACGAUUUCAUUUUUUUUCCUAUCUACCAUUAAUUAAUGUAUACCAGAUUCACCCACAACAAAAGAUACAUAGGUUCUUCUUCCAAUCACAUAAGCAUUAUUCAUGUUUGAAUAAUAUUAAUAAUCCAUCAUUGUUCUUCUCUCGACACGAAAAUUAAAAGACAACCUUUGCCUUACAAAUUCGUUAGAGCAAAACUGCCUCUUGAUAAUGGCUUUAAUGUUCAAAAGUAAGAAGUAUGUUUUCCCAAGACUGUGAACUGAGAUAGUUUAAAAAAGGCAGCAGUCCUGCGGAUGUGUAAUUUAAAUGUUCUCAAUAAAAAGCAAAUUCCA